CCGCAGCACUCAGCAGCCAGCAGCAGCAUGCAGACCGCCACACUCCUGGUCGCCGCCUUGGCCGCAGCUGCCGUCGCCCUCGCCGGCGCCGUGCCAGCUCCGCAGAUGGUCUCCAGCGGCUUCCAGCAGUACCGCGAUGAGCCCAACGACGUGGAGGAAGGAUUGGUGCGCCACCUCGACAACAUCGGUGCUGAUUACUCCGUUAACGAGCUAGAUACACUGAAGGCUAUCUUCCAGCACUCCAAGAAAGAAUCUACCAGUCAUCACAACAGUGAUUCUUCAGGCCUUGAUCACAAAGGAAGUGAAAAUCUGGUUAGAAAUAUUGAUUCAAUAGGAGGAGGGAAUCUGGUGAGAAAUAUUGACCCAAUUGGGGGAGGGAAUCUCCCCAGAAAUAUUGAUUCUAUUGGAGGUGGACAUCUAGUCAGAAAUAUCGAUUCAAUUGGAGGUGGAAACCUUGUUAGAAACAUUGAUUCCAUUGGUGGGGGAAACUUAGUGAGAAACAUUGAUUCACUUGGUGGAGGAAAUCUAGUAAGGAACAUUGAUUCCAUUGGAGGCGGGAAUUUAGUGAGGAACAUUGACUCUAUUGGUGGUGGGAAUCUGGUAAGGACAAUUGAUCGUAUUGGUGGUGGACAUCUCAUUAGAAAUAUUGAUUCAAUUGGAGGUGGAAAUCUCCCAAGAAAUAUUGACUCCAUUGGAGGUGUAAAUCUAGUCAGAAACAUUGAUUCCAUUGGGGGUGGUAAUUUAGUCAGAAACAUCGAUUCCAUUGGUGGUGGAAAUCUGGUUAGAGCCAUUGAUCGUAUUGGAGGUGGACAUCUCCUAAGAAAUAUUGAUUCCAUUGGGGGUGGAAACUUAGUCAGAAACAUUGAUUCCAUUGGGGGUGGGAAUUUAGUUAGAAACAUAGACUCUAUUGGGGGCGGAAAUUUAGUCAGAAACAUUGAUUCCAUUGGCGGUGGAAAUCUGGUUAGAACCAUUGAUCGUAUUGGAGGUGGGCAUCUCCUAAGAAAUAUUGAUUCUAUUGGUGGUGGAAAUCUAGUCAGAAAUAUUGAUUCCAUUGGGGGUGGGAACCUAGUCAGAAACAUUGAUUCCAUUGGAGGUGGGAAUCUAGUUAGAGACAUAGAUUCUAUUGGGGGCGGAAAUUUAGUCAGAAAUAUUGAUUCCAUUGGUGGUGGAAAUCUGGUUAGAACCAUUGAUCGUAUUGGAGGUGGACAUCUCCUAAGAAAUAUUGAUUCUAUUGGUGGUGGAAAUCUAGUCAGAAAUAUUGAUUCCAUUGGGGGUGGGAAUCUAGUUAGAAACAUUGAUCGUCUUGGAGGUGGACAUCUCAUAAGAAAUAUUGAUCCCAUUGGGGGUGGAAAUCUUCCAAGAAACAUUGAUUCCAUUGGAGGUGGAAAUCUAGUCAGAAAUAUUGAUUCGAUUGGUGGAGGAAAUCUUGUCAAACGAUCUGAAUAGCUCUCUAUCGUAUUGCAGACUGUAGUCUUGAGCAAAAACUUUUAACACCUCAUGUUUUGUUUCAAACAUAAUUUAUUAAAUAAUGUAAUAGUUUUGAGUAACAUAAAAUUAUUUGUGAUUUUAUUUAUUUAUGUCUGAAUAUCAAUCAAAGCAAUAAAGUUCACAUGUUCAAGAAAAAA